CCAGUAGCGUUCAUUCCAUUCAUUGACGGUAUAAAACAAGAUUCAGUCCCGUAUGCUGGUGGGCGGGGCCUAUCAGUUUCAGUCAGUGGCGCUCGUGCAUCAAACGAAACAAGCAGCCGUCCCAAACACCAAGACAGCUCUCUAAAAUGUAUUGCUAACGUUUCUUAUCUGGUUUUAUGUAUAAACGAAAGUCAAUAUAUUCUGUUAAAAUAUUUGGAAAGCUGUUUCCUUUCUUUCAUUGUUUUCACUCGUUGAAGUGUCUACACGUUUAGAGUUGGAAAUGCACUUAUUGAUCUGUCCUGAGAUCUGUUCUUCGCUGGUUUAUCAUCAUCACUAACAGGUUUGUGGCUUCCUGUUUUCAGGAUGUCUUCUCCGACAGAUGCCUGCUGGAGGUAACCGAAACACACUACAGCCAUUUUUUUUUCACCCUGGAGUGGACAUGGUCCAUUGGGCCUCUCAUCUGGUGACAUGUGUCUGGAUACAGGCUGUAAUGUCUUCUGCCUUAGACACUUGUCCCCCAACGGCCCCCAUCGCUGUGGACUUCUCGGUGCCGUACCCAAUGACUUACUUUCAGACCCGCAAUCCCAUCCAGAACAUAGUUGCCAACUCCCUUUUCCAAGAGGUCUAUGUGGCCUCUCAGAACGUCAUCGAGGCAGUGAACAUCACUCUAGGGAAACUGUGGGAACUCCGUACGGGACCGGUGGCCAGUCCGGAGUGUGAGAUAUGCAAUUUGUGUGAUAUCGCAAGAGAUCCCUUCCAAGAGGACACAGACAAUGAGGUGUUGCUCCUAGACACGUUCCUGAUGUACUUGUACUCGUGUGGAAGUUCCCAGUAUGGAGUUUGCUAUUUCCAUCAACUCCAUGAAAAUGGAAAACCUCCUGGGCCUUCAAAGUGUUUAUUCCGGAAGAAGUUCAACUCUCCGCAGUUCUGUCCGGAUUGCAUCGCUAGUCCUUUGGGAACUAAAGUCUCCAUGGUGGAAGAGGGUCAAACGGUUUACUUCUUUGUCGCGGCAACAGUGAACAGCAGCGUGACUCAAAAAUACGGUCGCAUGUCCAUUUCCGUACGCCGACCAGUUGCAACCGAGGAUGGUUUUUACACCGACGUCCGAGGGUUGACGGUUUUGCCUGCUCUAUGGCAGACAUACAGGAUUGAGUACAUCUACAGCUUCUACACGCAGGACUUUGUCUACUUCUUGUCUGUCCAACGAGAGAGAACCGACUUGGACACUUCGCCCUUUCAAACAAGACUAGGCCGUCUACCACGCCACGAGUGGGAGAUGCGACGGUAUCGUGAAAUUGUUUUAGAGUGUCGCUUUGAGCCCAAACGGCGACGGAGAAGCAAUGUCAGCGAACCUUUCAAAGACGUGGUCUACAACGUGGUUCAAGCGGCCCACUUUGGGAAGGCUGGGCGGGAGCUCGCCGAUGAGCUGGGUGCUGAAGAAGAGGAUGAUAUCUUAUAUGGUGUGUUCGCUGUAACUGAUGACUCGGGUGUUCCUGAAGAUGACUCGGCACUUUGUGCGUUUCCGAUGGAUACAGUAAACACAGCAAUAGAUGACGGAGUGGAGGACUGUUGCAAGUCGGGACCAGAACAGCUUUCCAGAGGCCUUUGCCAUUUUCAGCCCUGUGAGAGCUGCCCACACGAGAGCAUGGAGCACAAUAUGACCUGCAGAGAUCAGCCCACCCUGGUGUCUCAGCCGUACUACAGAGUAGACCUCUUCAACAGACAGAUGAGAGGCGUUCUGCUCACUUCUAUACUGGUCACCAGCAUCGAGAACAAGACAGUGGCUCAUAUAGGCACAUCAGAUGGGAGACUCUUGCAGCUUGUCCUGAGAAGGUCCAGCCCGGUCAUCUUUGCCAAUUACUCCCUUGUAGAGAACCAGAAGGUGUCGUCUACCGCUGCGGUUCUCUCCCCAGACCAUCUACUGUUUGUUGUUGGAGAUAAGAUGAUUCAGGUGCCUCAGAGAGGUCCAGGUUGCCGGCACUUCCUCACAUGUGCCAUGUGCCUGACCGCACCAAAGUUCAUGGGGUGUGGCUGGUGCUCGGGUCAGUGCACCUGGGCUUCUGAGUGCAGGGGAUACUGGGGAAAUGAGUCAUGUCCGCCCGGCAUCACAGAGUUUUUCCCCAAGACAGCGCCCCCUGAUGGUCAGAGUGAGAUAACUCUGUGCGGAUGGGAGUUCCAGUCGCCCCUGCGACCCGCCAUCACGACCAGAACCCAUGAGGUGAAGCUGGGUGAGACCGCCUGUGUGGUCCAGCCUCACAAAAGCAACAACACACACUUAUUGUGUAAGAUCCGCUCUGGGGCGUCAGAGCCACUUUUUAAACCAGUGAACGUCACAGCAAAAGUGCACGAGGGCCGAGUGGAGGGCCGUUACUCUAUUGAAGGAAGUGCAGAGAUGCCUGGAUUCACCUUUGUGGUUCCAAACAUCACUGAGGUUCAACCUGACUAUGGGCCGGUGGACGGAGGAACCCUCAUCACCAUCACGGGUCUUUAUCUGGACUCUGGCAAGAACAGGAAAGUUACACUUGAUGGAGAAACAUGUCCAAUCCGAAGUGUAUCUGUGGCCAGAGGAAACCUGUCCUCCAUCGUAUGUGUCUCUCAGCCUGUGACGGAGGUGAAGGACGUGGUGCUCCGUGUCUACAUCGAUAAGUCCCGUGUUGUGACCACUAACGUCUUCCGCUACAAAAAGACCCCUGAGAUUCUUGCGGUGCUGCCCGAUUGCAGCUUUGACAGUGGGUCAAGAAUCGUCAUUGAAGGCCGAAAUCUGGACUCUGUCUACAAAACUGUUGUCUACUUUAAACCCAAAGAAAGCCACCUCAAGCCUGUUUCCACUGAGUGCAGGGGUAAAGCAAAACCCACCCGAAUGGAGUGCAUCACCCCCGUCUUCCAUCGAGAUGAGACCGAAGAGGGCGAGCUCUCGUUUGACAUGGACGGAGUGCUUGGCCUGUGGAAACAAGACUUCUCCUACCACCCCUAUGGCAGACCCAUCCCGUUUGAGACUGAAGGUCACAUACUGAGACUCUACCCUGGGUUUGAUGAAGUGUCCUUGCAUCAUCAGAAGUUGAACCUUGUGAGUUCUUGCAUGUCAAUCACGAUGACGGUUGGAGACGUUGACUGUGGUGCUAAAGUUCUAGAUAAUGAGAUCACAUGCAGGAUCCCUAAUAAUAUCACUAUUCCCAGUGAGGGUUUACCUGUGAAGGUAACAGUUAAUGGGUACACACAUAAUGUUGGCACUGUAAUCUUGGUCAGUAACCACUAUAUGGUGGGUAUUGUGCUUGGCAUACUGGCAGCUCUGGUCACGGGUGCGGUUAUGGCCUUCAUUGUGCUGAAACAUCUGAGGAAGCAGAAAAAAGCUUCGCUGGCAGAAAGUCGUCUGUCUUAUUUUUCCCACAGUCGUUCACGUAAUAAUAGUGUGGAUUUAUGUCCUUUAGGAGACUACAGACGUGAACUGCCCGUCACAACCAUCAUUGCACCCGCUGGGGUCGUGGCGUUCCCCGGCCUGGCCUACACAGGCACCCUGGACACAACCCUGACCCCUCUCAUGCCCCCAGAGAAGAUCUCCAUCACCAGUUUCCGCCCUGAGCUUCUGGAGGAGGUGAAGGACGUGCUGAUCCCAGCUUCCAUGCUCAAGGUUCACCACCACCAGAUCAUCGGAAAGGGACACUUCGGCACCGUUUACCAUGGUUACCUCACUGACCACAACAACAGAGAAAUCCAUUGUGCUGUAAAAUCUCUCAACAGAAUAACGGAUGUGGAAGAAGUGGAGCAGUUUCUGAAAGAGGGCAUUCUGAUGAAGGGAUUUCAUCACAGUAAUGUUCUCUCUCUUCUGGGUAUCCUGCUUCCCGAAGAGGGACUUCCCUUGGUGGUCUUACCUUACAUGAAACACGGAGACUUGCGUCACUUCAUUCGCUGUGAAAAGAGGAAUCCCACAGUUAAGGAUUUGAUUGGCUUUGGGCUCCAGGUUGCUAAAGGAAUGGAGUAUCUGGCACAAAAGAAAUUCGUACACCGGGAUCUAGCAGCACGCAAUUGCAUGCUUGAUGAAUCCUACACCGUAAAGGUAGCAGACUUUGGAAUGGCUCGAGAUGUGCUUGAGAAGGAGUACUACAGCGUCCAGGAUCACAGGAAAGCCAAAUUACCUGUUAAAUGGAUGGCCAUUGAGAGCCUGCAGACGCAGAAGUUCACGACCAAGUCAGAUGUGUGGUCUUUUGGGGUUCUGAUGUGGGAGAUGCUCACACGAGGAGCCAGCCCGUACCCUGAAGUUGACCCAUAUGAUAUCACACAUUACCUCUUAAAGGGGCGGCGGCUGCCUCAGCCACAGUAUUGUCCGGGUCCCUUGUUUGCCAUUAUGCUGCAGUGUUGGGACCCCGACCCUGAGAAGAGACCAACCUUCUCGACACUAGUGUCCGCUGUAAUGAGUAUCCUGUCCAGCCUGGAGGGGGAACACUACAUCAGCCUGAAGGUCACAUACGUCAAUCUGGACCAGCCCCGGCCCUACCCCGCUCUAACAGACUCUGCCGAUGAAUAUGAUUCGUCAGAUGCAGAUGAUGCAGGCUCAGUCUCUAGCUGAUUGGCUAACUGGUUUGAUACUCACUAAAAAGGGAGUCUUUUUAACGGCCUUGCUGACAAGGCAGUAGGUGUGUUCGACUUGAAGUGGUGCUGCGCAGACUGAUCGGUGUAUGACAUCAAAGUACCGCGAGAGCGACUUGAAAGCAUAUGAACACACUACACACCUAAUGACUGUGCUUUAAAGAGGACUUGUUAUGCUUUUUUCUCUAGUGUGUAAUGUUGCUGUUUGAGCAUGAAAAAGCCCUGCAAAGUUACAAAGCACAAAGUCCACUAUAAAGGGAGUUCUCCUCUAUAUCAGUGCGCACUGUUUCUGAACUCCCUGAAACGACUCGAUUGUAGUCUUGAGUUUUCUUCUGGUAACGUACACGUCACAAUAUCCCUAAUUUAUAAUCAUAAUUCCCCCCCAGAGGCAUACACAAAAAAAGUUGCAGUUGCAUUAGUAGUGUGUUGAAACUUGCGGUUAUGGUAAGGGUUGUGACAUUUUACAAAACACGCCCAAAGAAGUUGACCAAUCACACUGGUCCAGCCGACCAAUCAGCACAUUGUUCUUUUCGUAAGGAGGGGCUUCAUAGAAACAGGAACUAAACAGACCAUUACUGACAGACUGGGAAGAGAGGUGCUGCAACAAUGUCAAAUAUGUGAAAAAUUAUGUUCUUUUUAAACAUUUAAGUAUGCAAACCUAUUCUAGUAGACCCCAAUAACAAAAUCAAGACUUUGUAAAAGCGAAUAAUGUGGCCUCUUUAAAUAGCAUGCUAGAAUACUACUUAAACAGUACUAUUUUAACAGUAUCCAUACUGGUGCACGGUAUAUGUAUUUAAUAGGGGCUUUUGCACUCAGUUAUAGGAACUAGCCACCAGGGUGGUCCCCCGAGAACUGCCAGUAGAAACUCUGUCACUUACGUCGUGCCGUUGUGUGGGAUUUUUAUUUUGACAACGCUGAGAACGUCUUCCUUAGUUUAUAUUAGAUAAGUAAACAGUAGAAAGAAAGUAAACCGUAUACGAAAAAGUAUUAUAGCAUUUGGCUUGUGGUUGAUGCCCAAUGUUGCUAUCUGAGCAGAAAUACAUAAUCAUGUUUCGCUUGUUCCCUUCAUAGUCGCGUUGGAUUUCCUCCUUAGAUUAAAGGUUGAGAAGUGCCUGGAUUUCGGC